UGCAACUCAUUUGUUUACAAAUGGCGACGGUAAAACGAUAAGGAUUACCUAACACAAAUUGAAUGUUACACAGUCAUAUUUAAAAAGAUAAUAAAGGAAAAGAUCAUGGGUGAGUUACUGCCGUCUGACCGAGGUGAGGUCCUAAAGCAUGUAUUUAACCAGUACGACAGGCAUGGGAAGGGGGAGCUGUCUCCUCUAGAAGUACAGAAUCUUCAUGGGGACAUACGCAUGGGAGGCAUUAGCUAUCCACAGGUGUUGGCCAGUAUGAAGUAUGUUUGUGGGAGCCUGGACUGCUGCACCCUAGAGGAGCUACAUGACCUUCUGCAGGAGAUGGACCGCCGCUACUUCCUUGUCCAGGAUCUCCGCUGGGAGUUCUCCCUGCUUGACCGUGAACACAAGGACACCAUCACUGAACACCAGGCCAUGUGGAUGGUUCAGGCUAUGCAUGGAAAGAACUUCUCCAAGAGGAAGUGGGCAUCAUUCCUGCAGCUGCGUGCAGUGCCAGGUAGCCCGUUGGCGUUUCCAGAGAUUGAGGUGCUGCUGUGUAACGUUAAGUCCAGCCUGGAUGUGCUGCAGGAGCGUGAGGAAGAGGAGAGGGAGAGGAGAGAGCGACUGGAGCAUGAGCGGCUGCGACAGGAGGAAGAACGGAGGGAACGAGAGAGACUGGAGAGGCUUAAGGAUGAGGAGAGGCGGAGGAAGGAGGAGGUUAAAUAUUCCAAAAUGACGGCGAAGCAGCGGCUGGAGGAGGACGCUCGCAGGAAGAUGAUGGAGGAGGAAGAGGAGAGGAGACAUCGACAGCAGGAAUUAGAGGAAGAGGAACGACGGCGCGAGGAGCAGCGUCUGCUGGAACUGGAGGAGAGGGGCCGGGAGGAGGAGGAGCGGCGGCGCCAGGAAGAACUCGAGAAGUACAAGGACGCCGAGAAAAUCGUGAAUUUUAGAGGUUAUGGAUUGUGCAGAGGAUGUAUGAAGGAGACUGAGCUGGAGGAGGCGGACAUCCUGGAGCGUCUGCGGGUGGUGCGGGAGAAGCUCCAGACGGAGACGGACGGUCGGAAGCGCGUGGAACUGCAGGAGGAGGAGCAGCGUCUUCUCAGACUGCUAAGAGACCUGAAGCACAAACGCAUUCGGUACAAGCUGAAGGUGGCUAUCAAGGAGCGUGACCGGUACAAGCUGGAGUACUCCGUCAACGAGUUCAAGACGGAGAAGGUGGAGGACGUGGACAUGGACCUAGAGAAGGCCGAGCGCCUUCUCCGCGAGAUCACUUCCAGGGACAACCUACGGCGUGCGGUGUCGCGGCGUGAGAUCGAGGAGCUCGAAAAGGCGAUUGCCACCAUCAAGCGGAACGGGCUAGAGGUACAGCUGGCCCGGGAGCUUAUCGAGGCCAACGUCAUCCUCACCCGUCUACGCAAGAUCCAGCGCAUCCGCUCCGAGAUUCUUGAGUUGAAGCAGUCGACCGUGGCGGAGAUCAGGAGCUACCAGAAGCCGCCGCCCGUCGUGCAUACCGUUAUGACCGCCACCUUCCUCAUCCUGGGCCACAAGGAGAAGGAGACUAAGGACUGGAAGACUGUCCAAGCGCUUGUGGGCAAGACGGGCAAGGAUGGGCUGAAACGGCGUUGUCUGGAGUGUGACGCAAGUAAGAUCCCCAUGGAGACCGCACGCCGCGCCAGGCAACUUCUCGAAAAACAGGAAUUGGACGAGGUCAGGGACGUUUCCGCCGGCGCCGCCACGUUCUACGUGUUUACUUUUGCCAUGGUGGAGGAGUGUUUUGACAUCGAUGAGCGCGGUCCGCUGCCAGAUGAGGAAACGAACCCGACCUCCGGGCCUUCCCCUGGUGAGAAGGCGGGGAAGGCUGGGCGACAGCGGGUGGACCCCACCAAGAUGACGAUCCAGCGAUCCCGUCAGGUAGUUACCAACUCUGGCACGGCGGCGGUCGCCACUGAGCUUCGAAACAAGACUCCCACCAGGAAGAAAUAGUGACAUAUCAUCGCUUGUGUGUUUUCAUGUAUAAUAUAUUUCAACGGCUUUGGUCAUUUUAUAUCAGUUCUCGAGGUUGGCUAAAAAGUUUGUUUUGUAUAUUAUUAGAAUAUAUUCGUUAACAAUUCUUAACAAAUUUAAUUCGCUAUUAGAAAUGCAUUUUGUUUUUAUAAAAUGGUAACGCAAAGCUUGGAAGAUGGAGAUGCAUUUCUUGAGACAUCGUGCAUUUUUGAUUCAUUCUAUAUUUUAUUCUAAUAUUUAGCACAGUUCUAGCAGUUGUAUGUAUCUCAUUGGUGUUCAGAGAACAGCAUUUUCCUUUCUCCUGCAGGCAGGAUGCCUUGUUAUUAUUUAUUUUUCAUAUAUAUAUAUAGUUUGAUAUAUAUAGUUUGAUUUGCAUUUACAAGAAUAAAACAAUAUAUACUGUGAUAUAUUUCCCUUAUUAGACAUAACUGUAUGGCCUCUUUUUGUAGUGAUAAUACAUCGUAAGUCUUUUGGUAGGCUGUUUCUCAUAUUUGAUAGACAAUGGGCCGACUAUUCAGAACAUUGUUAAGGUGAAAAACGUUGUUAUAUGGAUCGUUGUUAACCCUUUAAUCAUAAGAAUGUUUCACAGACACAUAUGUGGUGCUUUCACAUAUAUGAAACGACUCAUUCAGCUUCACUUAUUUUAUCUCAAUAUAUGAGAAUAUCAUAAAACAUCUCACUUUUGAAAGUGAAAAACGAUGUUAUUUACAACACGGUUAACUUUAACAAAAAUUCUGAACAAUUAGCCUAUUAUAUCUAAGAGAAAAAUUAUCUGAACAUUUUUAACAUUAAUCAAAAUCCGACUUAAAUUAUGAAUUGAUUUUUUAAAUAAAUAUUUAACA